AUGGCGAACAAUACCACAGUAACAUGUCCAUCUCCCAUGAAAGCAACAUCCAAUGGAGUCUUCCAGGGUGAUAAUCCUCUGCACUAUGCGCUCCCUCUUGUCAUCUUGCAAAUAUGUAUCGUGGUUACACUCACGCGAAUUCUUGCUUAUUUUCUUCGGCCACUAAGACAGCCUCGUGUGAUUGCAGAGAUUAUUGGAGGAAUCUUGCUUGGCCCUUCAGCUCUUGGUCACAACAAAGACUAUAUCAACGCAAUUUUCCCAGCAAAAAGUCUUACGGUGCUUGAUACUAUAGCAAAUCUUGGUCUUCUCUUCUUUCUGUUCCUAGUGGGUUUGGAGUUAGAUCCGAAGUCCCUCCGGCGGACUGGAAAGAAAGCUCUCAGCAUAGCUCUUGCAGGAAUCACUUUGCCUUUUGUAUUAGGAAUUGGUACAUCAUUUGUCCUAAAAGAAACCAUUUCUAAAGGUGUAGAUGGAGCCCCAUUUCUUGUCUUCAUGGGAGUGGCUCUUUCUAUAACUGCCUUCCCUGUUUUGGCCCGUAUUUUGGCUGAGCUUAAGCUCUUAACCACUGAUGUUGGACGAAUGGCCAUGUCAGCGGCAGCUGUUAAUGAUGUGGCUGCAUGGAUUCUUCUUGCUCUCGCCAUUUCCCUCUCUGGUAGUGGCCGGUCUCCCCUGGUUUCACUAUGGGUUUUUUUGUGUGGAUGUGCUUUUGUUCUUGUAUGUAUAUUUGCUGUUCGACCUCUCUUUAAAUGGAUGGUGCAGCGUUGUCCUGAGGGUGAACCAGUAGACGAAUUGUAUGUGUGUGGGACUUUGGUUGCAGUUUUGGCAGCUGGGUUUGUCACUGAUACUAUUGGAAUUCAUGCUCUAUUCGGUGCAUUUGUGCUUGGAAUUAUUGUUCCAAAGGAAGGACCGUUUGCAGGUGCCCUUGUAGAAAAAGUUGAGGAUCUUGUAUCUGGUCUAUUCCUCCCAUUGUACUUUGUCUCAAGUGGAUUAAAGACUGAUGUAACAACAAUUCGUGGCGCGCAGUCAUGGGGUCUCUUAGUCUUGGUCAUUUCAACAGCCUGCUUUGGAAAGGUCAUUGGCACUAUAGUUGUUUCCCUCUUCUGCAAAGUACCCCUUCAGGAAGCUCUAGCCCUGGGGUUCCUCAUGAAUACCAAAGGGUUGGUGGAACUCAUUGUCCUUAACAUUGGUAGAGACAGAGGGGUCUUGAAUGAUCAAACAUUUGCUAUCAUGGUUCUCAUGGCUGUCUUCACAACCUUCAUCACAACGCCUGUAGUUAUGGCAGUAUAUAAGCCAGCUAAAAGGUUGAGUAAAGAUUACAAGUACAGAACUAUUGAGAGGAAAGACCUAAAUAGUCAGCUCCGACUCUUGACCUGUUUCCACGGUACAAGGAACCUUCCCACGAUGAUUAAUCUCAUCGAGGCUUCCCGUGGGACUGAAAAAAGGGAGCGGCUUUGUGUCUAUGCAAUGCACCUUCUGGAGCUUAACGAAAGGCCUUCCGCAAUAUUGAUGGUUCACAAGGCAAGAAACAAUGGUAUACCCUUUUGGAAUAAAGGGCAGCAUUCAGGUGAUAAUCAAGUUGUUGUGGCUUUUGAGACCUUUGAGCAGCUGAGUCGAGUGGCUAUACGUCCAAUGACAGCAAUCUCUGCUGUAACUACCAUGCAUGAGGACAUCUGCACAAGUGCUGACAGUGAAAGAGCAGCAAUGAUAAUCCUCCCAUUCCACAAGCACCAGAGGUUGGAUGGUACCUUUGAGACAGCUCGAAGUGAGUACAGAUUGAUUAACCAACAGGUUCUUGAGAAUGCACCAUGUUCAGUAGGGAUCAUAGUGGACCGUGGUCUAGGUGGAAGCACCCAUGUAUCUGCCAGCAAUCUUGAUUCAGUUGUAACUGUUCUGUUCUUUGGGGGUAGUGAUGAUCGUGAGGCUCUUGCUUAUGGGAUUCGAAUGGUUGAGCAUCCUGGUAUCACCUUAAAUAUCAUUCACUUCUUACCAAGCGCGGAGCUUCAGGGAGAAAUUGUUAGAGUUGAUGUAAACGAUGAUUCAAACACUUCAGCAGGGCCAACGGAGGACACGUUCAUUGCUGAACUGAAGCUCAAGAUUUUGAGUUACAGCUCAAUCAAGUAUGAGGAGAGAGUAGUGGGAAAUGCUGCAGAAACUACUGCAUUGAUUCGUGAGUUUAGCCAAUGUAACUUGUUUUUGGUUGGUCGAAGGCCUCAGGGUCCAAUCGCUGCUUCCUUGAAUGUGAAGGGUGACUGCCCCGAAUUGGGGCCUGUUGGGAGCUUGUUGAUCUAUCCGGACUUCAGUACCACUGCAUCAGUGUUAGUAGUGCAGCAGUAUCAUGGGCUCAAGUUGCCAAACUCAUCAGUCGGUUUGUCUAAGGUAGUCGUGUUGCCUGAGGAAGAAUCAGAAAUCAGCAGAUGAGCAGCUCCCAUCGGCUGUUUGGAUUCUCAUUGUACAUGCAGAUGAUGGUGAAAAUUUAGUAGGAAUUCUCUCUUUACUUCUACUCAACAUUGUUGUAUCUCUAAGAGCAUCUCCAACAGCUUCUCUAUAAUUUCUCUAUUAUAGGGAAGCAAAAGUCAAUGCUUCAAGCAAUAUUUCUUCUACAACUCCAACAGAUUCUCUAUUUUGGAGAUUUCAAGAUGAUUCCCUAAAUCCUUCUAUAAAAUUUGGAGAAUGCUGCAGAUUUGAGGGAUUUGGGUUUCUCUUUCAUCACAUUCCCCAUUUUGGAGAAAGUUUUAGGGAAUCUGUUAGAGCAAAACACCCAAAAUCUUCUCUAAAUUAGAGAAUUUCAAGAAUUUAGGAAAGCUGUUGGAGAUGCUCUAAGGUCACAAGUUACAAAAUCUCACAGGUUGUACAUAUUAUGGUCUCCUAAAUAUCAAAUAAAAGUCUUCCCUCGACAACAAAUCUUCUAUAUUUUCAGUCUUCUCCUUAAUGGUUAAUGAGUUGGUAUCCCCUUUUU